CGUAUAUUGAUUACAGCAAAACAAAACACUUUUUUUUUCUGUAAAACUCCGCGGAUUGUUAAUUUUAUUAAUUAAAGAUGUCCGAGAACAGCUCCAAGGAAAAUGUUAAGACAGCUAUGACGUAUAUUUGUGGCGAAUGCCAUCAUGAGAAUGAGAUGCGACCACGUGAUCCAAUACGUUGCCGCGAGUGCGGCUACCGCAUCAUGUACAAGAAGCGCACCAAGCGUCUGGUUGUCUUCGAUGCACGCUAAUGCCAACUGAAAAUUCGACUACUACAGGUGUAAGGAAUUAGUUUUUAAAUGGAUUACAUACAUAUGUGUGCUUGAAUAAAAAGGGCUAACUAACUGAAGAAAUGCGUCGUUUGUAUUCAAGGUCAAUGGAUCGUUCAAUCUCAAAUUACCAGAAACAGAAGGGCCUCUGCCAUAACCUACGAUUCAAAAGUCUAUAUAAUUUAUAUUUUAAACUAAUGAUCUUUUAUUUUGAAUGUUUUGGAAAUAUAUAAUUUUUAAACUAAAAACACUCA